GCUGUUGAAAGGCAGCUAGCUAUACGCACACAUUGCAGCUAAUUGUAAGCCUUGUUUAGCUGUCCAGUUUUAAAAAUAAUUUUAAGGCAAAUAAAAAUUCUCAAUGACUGUGUGUUAUUGAUAAGCAUACUCAAGUGUUACUAAAUGCUUACAGAUCAAAUUGAAACAGAUGAACAUCUCGCCGGCUAAAAUGAAGAAACUAACAGGAAGCUUGAAAUAUCCUCGAUUGGAAAAUUCAACACAAACAUGCCAAGUCAACUUCAGUUUGGAAUUUGAAUUUUUCAGCAUUCGAGUGGAAUUUCACGAUAUAACAAAGAAUAAUACACAUGAAACCAACUCAGAUUUGAAGGUAACGGAAUGGAAUGAACAUUCAUGUGAUGACAUAGAUGAAGAACAACGUCGGGUCAUACGCACAAAUACGUUGCAAGCAAUGAUAGAUCGGGUUGAAAAAACACUAUUCACAAACUCAAAAUUGCCAUUUCAAUCGAUCCUUGAAGGAUGUGAACAUUUGCUAAAUGAUUUCAAUGAAACGGCACGAGAUUAUCAUGUGCGUUUCAAAUCUGGUUAUAAUCCUUCAACAAUUUCUUGGAAGGCAAAAAAAAGUGACAUUUUGAUUCGAGGAUUACACAAUUUUAUUUUGCACAUGCAUCAUUUCGAAGACACAGUUCACUAUGAAAUAGAAUUUCCUCAUACUACAAUAGAAUGGGAAAUACAGUCGAUCAUUACACAGUACUUUGCCAUCAAGUCACAACACAUUACUAUGAAUGGAACUUUCAAUGAGUUCACUGAUAAUGCAUUCAAUAUACGAGUAAAACUGCUCAAGAGGAAACUUUAUCUACAAUCCGGACCCAAAUUCAUCGCAGCACCAGCAGAAGAAAUCAAGAAUCUGGAAGCAUUCAUCGCACAAGGAAUUGAUCAAGAAUUACGAAUUGAUGAGCAACGUGAUAUCACUGCAAACUUCAGGAACAUCAUUCGUGAAACAAUGUACAGAUUUGGGAAUCUAUUCUAUGCUAAUAAGAGAAAAGACACAUAUGUUUUCAACAUUGAAUCAGACGAUCUCCAAAAUUCAAAUGAAUACAUAAAAUGUUCAUUUAACAAAAGUCUAGAAGUGAUUGAUGCGCUUACUCACAAACAAGUUACAGCGCAAAUCAAUUUACAGUACCAGGCAGGUAAUGAAGCCAUGAAAGAAAUAUCUGCGUUUAUAAAAAUGAAAAAUUUCAAUUCUAUGCCCUACAACUUUCUAUUAGAUACAAAGGAAUUAGAAACAGAAAUAGAACGUAAUUUAAUCGUCUCAAAAAAAACAAUCACGAUUUUAUCAACGCAUCGCUAUGAAAGAAGGGAUCGCAUUGGAAUUGGUAAAGCUGUUUUCGGAUCUUUUUUUGAAGAGAUGAAGGACAGAAUCAUCAGCGUCGCGGAAUCAAUUCGUCCAAUACCUGAUACAUGCAAGGACCAUGUGGACGAACUUCGAAGAUUGUACUCAAAUUACCAGAAAAAUCACAAGGACUACAUUUUAUUCCUCGCAGACUGGAUUGAUAUUGUGGAUCCUUUUACCAAUCGAUAUGUUAAAAUAUUACUCAACGGAACGGGGACUUUUAAAUCCAUCAAUAUGAGGCACAGCAAUAGAUUUCCUGUCUUCAUCGAUUUACGAAUAGAAAACAUCACCGGCAGUAUCAAACAAAUAGAUGCACUUGAUCCCGACACAGCUGUAGAGCUAAAUUUCAUCGUGAAGAGUUUAUCAAUUAAGAGUGAUUACGAGAGUGGAACAAUUUCGGCAGAAGUUCCAAAUUCAAAGCAAUUCUUCAUCACUUCAACUACCCCUCACAGCAACUCUUCUUCCAUUCGUACAAAUGUAAUCAUAAAAAAGUUUCAGGAAUCCAUUAUAUCUUUCAUUAGACCACCAGAUGAAAGUACACCGAGAAAAAAAAGUAAGGGGAAUUUUUAUUAUUUCUGCAUAACCGGAUCCCAUUCAAAAAUAUAUUAAAAUUUGUUUCGAAACUCAGUACUUCUCACUGUUCAAUUACAAUGUGGUAUCUAGGAAUAAUAAGAAAAUGUAAUUUUUGGGACAAAGGAGUGACGGUUUCGUUAAGAGGAAAAUCUGACAUGAGUAUAUCGUGAAAUUAACUUUUGAAUACACCAAUGUAUUCGUGAUACAAUAGGCUUCAAUUCUAGGGCAACCAA